GGCGCCGCGCGAGCCCGCGAGACAGGGGCUUUAAAAGGGGCGCCCGGCAGGCACCACGGGACCCUCUCUCAACUCUCGUUUCGCCGGAGUAUUUAGCUUGCUUCAGGGAGCACGUGGCGGUGGAAGCUUCCCUAGGGGUGGCGGAGGCGGUGGUGGUGCUUGGUUGAUGUCGAUGGCGCAGGUCUGCUGUGACUCGGCCGUAGCGGCGACGGCGGCACCGGUGGUUGGUGCGGAGGCGGAGGCCAGGGCCAGGGCGCGCGCCGAGAGGCGGAGCCGGGCCGGAGAGUCUGGGGCGUGGAAGCACGCGGUGGCCGCUGGCACGGCCGAUGCUACGAGGAAGCGGAGUCUCGGGGCAGGGGAGCUGCUGGUGGCGCGGAAGCACGGGGCGGCGUCGGUGGCCGGCCGCAGGAGGGAGAUGGAGGAUGCCGUGUCCGUGCGCGACGCGUUCUGCGCGGAGGGCACGGCCGACGGCGGGAGGCGCGACUUCUACGGAGUGUUCGACGGCCACGGCUGCUCGCACGUGGCCGAGGCGUGCCGGGACCGGAUGCACGAGCUGGUCGCCGAGGAGCUCGCCGCCACCGCCGCCGACAGCUCAGUCUCCGCGGCGGCGGCCUGGACCGUGGCGAUGGAACGCAGCUUCGCGCGGAUGGACGCCGAGGUGACGUCGGCCGGCGGGCGCGCCGCCGCCGCCAGAAGCAGCACCUGCCGCUGCGACGCGCACAGGUGCGACCACGUGGGCUCCACGGCCGUGGUGGCCGUCGUGGAGGAGCACAGCGUCAUUGUGGCCAACUGCGGCGACAGCCGCGCCGUGCUCUGCCGUGGGGACGGCGCGCCGCCGCUGCCGCUGUCGUCGGACCACAAGCCCGACCGCCCCGACGAGCUGGAGCGCAUCGAGUCCGCCGGCGGGCGCGUCAUCUUCUGGGAGGGCGCGCGCGUUCUGGGCGUCCUCGCCAUGUCCCGCGCCGUCGGGGACGGAUACCUGAAGCCGUACGUGUCGUCCGUUCCCGAGGUGACGGUGACCGACCGGUCCGACGGCGACGAGUGCCUCAUCCUGGGCAGCGACGGGCUCUGGGACGUGGUGAGCAACGAGGCCGCGUGCGAGGUGGCGCGCGCCUGCCUCCGCAGGGGCCGGGCCAAGUGGUGUGCCGAGGCCGCCGCGUUGCUCACCAAGCUGGCCCUCGCGAGGAGAAGCUCCGACAACGUCUCGGUGGUCGUCAUCGAUCUCCGGAGGAGGAAUCACUAGUUCUGUGCAGUUGUCAGCUAGUACUAGUACUCCCUCCGAAGGAUGGCUGGUCGCACAAGGGAUUUCGCGGGGGUGCCUAAUUGGGUUUUUUUUCUUCCAUUUUCAUUCAAAAAGUUUUUUUUUUUUUUGCUGUACUCUCCCUGAAUCAAAAAGUUCAGAGGAGCCCUUAGAUUAAUUAUUGUGGUAGAGCCGGAAUUUGGUCCGGAUACCAUUCGGAGAGGUGGUCGCGUAGAAAAAACUCAGAGGAGAGACGGUCUCACAAGAAAAUCAGUCUGUGUAUUGUAUCAUCUAGACAUCUAAUGAAAUAGCAACCGAAACAAACACCACCUCCGGUGUCUGGAUGUUCUCGAA